CAUAAUGAAAUACAUGCUUGGUCUGCUCGUUUGUUUUAUUAUUGGUGACCAACUUUUCCAUGGAUCGGCCACAUUACUGGACCCAAAUUGCGGCUUGAGUCGAUAUCGAACACGAAUAUCAGGCGGCAGGGAUGCGGAAUUGAACUCAGCCCCAUGGAUGGUAUUUUUACAUGAUAACUUCGAGUUUGUUUGUGGCGGUUCGCUGAUUACGAGCGCUUUUGUUCUCACGGCUGCCCAUUGUGUUACUCCCAUUCCCAAGCGAUUAGCUGCUCGAUUGGGCGAGCUCGAUUGGACCACAGAGCGGGACUGCAAUAACGCUUAUAUAUGUGCCCCAGCUUACAGGGAAUACACGGUUACUAAAAUAUAUACCCACCCGCGGUACAGGUCGAUCCUUUCGCAUGAUAUAGCUCUGCUGAAACUGCACCAGCCGGUGCUCUAUACAGAGUCUAUCCGACCAAUAUGUGUGAUAAUGCCUGAAAAAGUGGACGAAUGGUAUUGGUACGUGGAUUCGGUGAGGGAGUUCACUCUGACCGGCUGGGGUGCGACAGAUACGGUUCCGGUUAGCCAUCGUCUUCAGACCGUGAAUCUCACCCAAACCGGUCGGGGAACCUGUCACGACCGAUACGGGCUUGCGGUCGAUCAUACCCACAUCUGUGCCGGAAAUACCGAUCAUUAUGCCUGCACCGGUGAUUCCGGCAGCCCACUCGGUUUCACAGUUAAGUAUGGUGGAAGGGAAGUCUACGCUCAAGUCGGGAAUGUUAGCAGUGGAUCGGAAGCUUGCAAAGGAAUAACCGUCUUCACAAACGUUGUAAGCUUCACCCAGUGGAUUGCGCGGACAAUUUCGUACGACGAGAGAUACAUGACGCCUUGAAUAUAGAAAAACAGAAAUUGUUUUUAGAAAAAUAUA